AUGGAAGAAGCGCCAUACCCUCUAAUCGAAGAAGAGCCCUGCAAAUUUGACUCAAUUUCAGAUGUUCCUUUAUUUCUUUGCAAAAUAUCAAUAGAUUCAACAGAAUUUCUUGUCUACAACAUAGAAAAUAAUAAAAUCUGUGCAAGGCUUCCAAAUCCUGUUCCUUAUACUCUGCAAAUUAGGGGGUUCUCAUGUAACAUCAAUGGCUUUCAGCUGUUUUGGUUUGGUGGAGCUUCACAAAAUGGCGAUAUUGUUGGAGUGUGUCUUCUUAUAGAUAUCAAAACGCAAUCUGUUGAAAUAUUGAGUUUUGGGAGGCCGAGAGCUUUGGCAAGGGCGUGCUUAAAUUCACUUUUGACAGAAAUUCGACUUAAUUGAGUCAAAAAUACGUCCAAUAUGGAUAGAAAAAUGCAAAAAUUAACUCAAAUUUAA